AUGCCUGAGUUCAAAAUACUCGACGACUCGGACCCCCCAUGGUACUCUAAACAACGCCUAUGGCAUAGGGCAACAGCGUUUGCAACUGUAUGUCCGCUGCUAGCAUCCGUCAUCGCGCCUCUCAGUAUCCUUCUUGACAUUCCUGCCCUCGCUCAAACCUGGUACAGCUCGAACGGCCAGCCCUUACCCGACCCUACCGCUUCACUCGUGCUCUCUGGCUUCUCCCUCGCCUUUUCCAUCAUUGCCGACUCCCUCCUUCUCGUCCGCUUCCUCGUAUGGGAGCAGUAUUGGCGUCUUGCCACCCAUGUCUCCACCAUCUGCUGGAUCGUGAAAUGGUGCAUUGGGCUCAGCAACCUGAUCGUAUUCGGGAUCCUGAGCAGGAAUUCACCCCAGUACUCAUACCGUGAAGGCUUUUGGGCCGCAGUCGUUGCCUUCAUAAUGUGCUCGAUUGUGACCUUCCUUCUCCUCUGGCACUGGGGUUUCACAGUCUCGAAAACUGCCGAGGCAUACUCUCGAAGGGUCAGGCGACACGGCCGCCAUUUCAUGCUGCACAACCUUUCCUUCACGAUUAUCGUCGGCGGAACAGCAGGAAUCAUGUCCCGGCUGGAAGGUUGGACGUAUUUGCAGAGCAUCUAUUUCAGUGUGGAAACCUUCACCACGAUCGGCUUUGGCGAUUUUCACCCCACCACCACCGCCACGCGGAUCAUCAUGUUUCCUCUAGCUCUAAUUGGUAUCGCCGAGCUCACCGCCCUGAUCGGUAUCCUCAUCACCUUCUUCUCCAACUUGCAUAAAGAGCGUCUCGCACGCACUCGUCACAAAUUCGAGCGUGAGCGGCGUUUAGCGCAGAAGGAACAAGCAGACCCGAGAUCGUUGGAGGCGGAGAUCCAGUUCCUGGAAGAGCUGCAUAAAAAACGGAGCUGGAGAGAUCAUGCAACCGAGCUCGGGUGGAGCAUGGGCGCAUUCUUCACAUUUUGGGUCACAGGAGCGGCGAUAUUCUCGAGAAUUGAGGGAUGGACUUACGGCGUGGGGUUGUAUUUCGUUUAUGUCUUCUUCUUUGUCAUUGGAUACGGCGACGUCCAUCCUCAAACAGCCGCGGGGCGCACUGUUUUCAUUGUAUUCGCACUGUUGGCUGUACCAGUGAUGACAUCUUUCGCCGUCCAGACAGUCGCAGGGAUCUUCUCUCGCAUCUCCGAAGGCCAGCCGGACAAGAACCUGAAGCGUAAAGCUUGGGAAGAUCCCGGGAAAUGGAAAGCGCCUGAUGAGGAAACCAUUACCCCCAAAGAGAAAGAUGUCGUUUCUCACGCGGAGUACGUGUCUUGGAAAAGAAAUGAUUUGGAGAAGCGGUUUGGGCCGGAGGAAGGUACCGGACCACGGCAGAGACCCGAAAAUGGAGAUGUCAGUCAUGUGAAGAAUGGGCGUAACCCCUCCCCUGCCUCGAACAUAAUUCUGGACGAAACCGUCGGGCAUGAAGAGAAGGGCAUGGACCGUGUACCGAGCGAAGGAAACCUCUCAAUGUUAUCCAGCCCAGCCAGCGCUCCUCCAGAAGAGACAGAAGAGACGGGCGAACCCCCGGUUCCAAUUCCGGGCGAUGAUGCUGAUUCAUCUGAGUCCGUGUCCGAGAUGGCGGACGAAGAUCGCGAGCUGACCAUUCAGCUGCUCGACACUGCUGCUGAAUUAGAACGCGUAGCUCGACGGCUGCUCAUCAACGCCCUUCCCCAAGACUCCAGUGCUCAGAUCCUUCUCCGAGCUGACUGGCAUGUCCAGUUGCAGGAGAUGCGUGCGGUCUUGCAUGAAGAAGCGGAUAAGGCUGCUGAUCAGCAAGCAGAGCGGGAUCCGAUGAACGCGAACGCACCGCACAUGGAUGAAGAUGCGCAUAGGGCGAUGAGGGAGCGGGUGGACAGAGAAGCCGAGCUGGUGCUCCAGCCCCUUGCAGGGAGAGAGCUGAUGAGGGCAAUUGGGAGGUAUCGGGAGUGUUUUGCAUCCAUGCUUGUCCUGGGGAGUCGGCUUAGAAAGCUGAAGGGUCGUGAACAAUUCUUGUUUGAACGUCGAAAGGCGAUUGAAGAGGACGCACUGUAG